AUGACACGCCGGCUUAGUGUUGUGCUGGCGCUCGUGCUCGUGGUCUUCGUGCUCGCGGGGUCGUGCAGCAGCGAAGACCCGGGUGCUGUGAUGCCGGGUAUCGUGCAGAUGAGUAAGGACAACUUCGACCAGCUCGUUGGCAAGGAGAAAGCCGUACUGGUGGAGUUUUACGCGCCGUGGUGCGGCCACUGCAAGAGCAUGGCCCCCGAGUACGCGGCUCUGGGCGCGGCCUACGAAGCGAGCACGAACGCGAAGGACCUGCUGCUGGUUGGUAAGGUGGACGCCACGCAGGACAGCGACCUCGGCAAGCGCUUUGGCGUCACGGGGUUCCCGACAAUUCUCUACUUCGCUCCUGGCUCAUUGGAGCCGGAGAAGUACAAGGGCGGCCGCACGGCCGAGGACUUCGCCAAGUACCUCUCGAGUGCAAUUGCGGGCCUGAGGCUGACCAUCCCGAUUGAGCCACAGUUUGCGAUGGAGCUGGUGCACACGAAUUUCGAUGCAGUCGUCAAGGACCCGUCGAAGGCGGUGCUCGUCAUGUUCUACGCCCCGUGGUGCGGCCACUGCAAGGCGCUGAAGCCGAUUUACAACACGCUGGCCAAGGUGUUCUCAAACGAUAAGGAUGUCGUGAUCGCCCGCAUCAACGCCGACGAUGCCGCCAACCGAAAGAUCGCCACCGAGUACGCUGUUGCCGGCUUUCCGACGGUGUACUUCUUUCCCAAAGGUGCCGACGAGAAGCCGGUCGAGUACAAGAAUGGCCGCAACCUGGAGGACUUUCUCACCUUUGUGAACGAGAACGCCGGCAAGCACCGCCUCGCUAACGGAGACUUCUCAUGGGAGUGCGGCGUCAUCGCAGAGCUCGCGGAGGCGGUCGCGCUCGUGGCGACGAGCUCCGGCGAGAGCUCCAAGGCAGCAGUAGAGGCGGUGAAGGCGGCCGCUGCCAAGCUGGCCGAGAGCGAGGAUGCCGCGUACUACAUCAAGGCAGCGGAGCGCAUCGCGGCGAAGGGCCCCGCGUACGUGGAGAGCGAAUCGGCUCGCCUCAAGCGCACCCUCGGAGGCUCCGUGGCUGGCGACCGCCGUGAUAACAUGGUGAGGCGCCUGAAUAUUCUGACCUCGAUCCAGAAGCACAUGAAGUAG